AAGGGGGUGGUUAUUGUCCGUGGAGGGAAAUUUAAUCCAUAUACAUUUAAUUUACGAAAUCAGGUCGUAAAAUACACACAAAACGCUAAAUGUUUUACCACGUUUAACGGGAUCGAGUUUAAUGCGCGUGCAUGGGUACAUAAUGCUUUUCUUUUGUUUCUCAGGUUGUAUUAGCUAUGCUAGCACUAGCAUGUUGCACAACAGUGGUAAACAAUGAGCCAAGUUGGAUUAGGACUCGAUAGUUAUUGUUGAGCUGCAGACAUACCUGGAUAACUUUGACCAUGGACCGAAAGUCGAAGAGGCUCGAGAGUGAACUAUGUGAAGCCGUAAAUGAUGGAGACCCCAGAUCUGUGCAGCUUCUGCUAUCCCAAGGCGCACGGGCUGAUGUAGUGAACAGACAAGGAGUGGCAGCUAUCCACCUGGCUGUUGGCAAAGAGACAGAGAAAAAUCUGCGCUGCUUAAAAUUACUGCUUCAGAAUGGAGUAAACCCCAAUGUCAAAUCUUCAGAUGGGCUGACACCUCUUCACAUUGCUGCAGCUUGGGGAUGCUUCCAAAAUUUGAAACUACUUUUGACCAAUGGAGGGAAUGUGAACUUGACAGACAAUGAUGGGAAUACUCCACGACAACUUGCAGAACAACAAGAUAACACGAAAUGUGCACAGCUUCUUCGGGAGUAUCAGACAGAUUCUGGAGAUACAGAAGAAGAGGACCUGCCUCACUUUUCUUACUCUGUGUAUUCUGACCAAACGGACACAUCCAGCCCCCCAGACUCCGAAUUUAGUUUUAGCUCUUCUUCAUCAAAGAUCAGUGACUUUGGUGAAGGCCCUUUAAGUAGCACAAGACGGUCUUCAUUUUUCAACUUGUGCAAUAUGAAUGGAAGAUCCAACAGAAGAGGACUGUCAAACAGAAUUUCUGACAUGGGUGAUCAGAGACGAUAUAGCCAAGAGUGGAACAGUUCAGCAUUUGAGGGCCCGUCCAUUUUAUCAAGCACACGUGUGUCAGCUGCCGGACUUACCAGUCGGAUCUUACCAAUUGUUAAGGAGCACGAUUUGUGGACACAUGAGGACAGAAUCUCCCCUUUAAAAAAAGAUAUAUUUGACACACCUAUUCUUCCUUCUGCGAACAAGUCGAAAAGUGUCUCAUUUAGAGACGUAGAUGAAUAUUUUCCUGUGUUUAGUCCCGAAACUCCCAAACAGCAACCGCCUGAAGACAGGAGUUUGCCUUUUGACCCCAUGGAAUACUCAGAGUUUUUGGAUACAGAGCGCAUGGCCACAGUUUUACAGACACAGGGCAUUGAUGUCACCUCACCUGAUCACGUUUAUGUGUUCAGCAGGGAAAGCAGUGAGACUACAGAUGAGGAUCUGGAGAAAACUGUGAUUAGUCAGUGUACUUUAGACGAAAGCGAUGAGGAGGAACAGCAGCCUAGAAAUGUCAAAGUGGUUCAGAAUGAGAAGCUGGGGAGUGGCAGCAGCAGCAGCGGAACCACAAGUAGCCAUUACAGUAGCUGUGAUAGUGACCAUUACACAAGCGCUUUAGAGGGUCCAGUAAACCUUAAACCUCAUCCUGUUGCAAAAGAAUCCCCAGGAAUUACCCCUGACACAGAUUCCACAGAAGCACAAGGAGAACGCAAAGAAGAGGAUCCGUCAUAUCCUCAGUCAGAUUCAAAAUGUAAUGACAUAGAACAUCUAUCAGACAACUUUCAUAACUUGGCCUUGUCUGAAGUAAAUCACAAAAAUGAUGAUGCAACUGGCCUUUGUAACAUUGCAGAUGAAAUGAAGCCAGUGACAGAAAACCCCCCAGCGGAUUCAUUUGAUCAAGAUUUGUCUUUCACUCCCAGUCCUUUUGUCACAGGCAGGACACGCUCUCGCUUGAGUCGCUGCUCAAUGAGGACGAGCAAAACACCACAGAGUCUCCUGAUCACCUCCGCUCUGUUUGAGGAUACUCUUCCUACACCUGUUAGAUCUCGCAGACAGACGCCACGGUCUCAGAGUUCUGAAAGCAAUUACAAUGGCCUCCAUACAGCAAACCCUCCCUCAUAUUAUCCCAUCAACAACGAAGGAGACUUGGGGCCAAGAGACUACCAGGACACACAGUCCAGCACUUUGAGAGCCAGCUCCAGUGUUAGCGGUAGUCAAGAAGAUACUAUCAAUCUCUCCCAGACUGUCAAUGACACUAUUCCCUAUUUUGAAUCACAAGGUGACACGUUUAUCUUGGAUAAAAAAACUGAAAUUGUGGAUGCGUAUGAAAAGAGUUUUGCUGAGAUUGUAAAAGCUAUACAAAACAAAGCCUCAGACAACAGGGAUUUUCUGACUGACGAUGUUACAAGUACAGAUGAUGGGAGUGAUGUGCAGAAAGAUAAGUGUCAAACCUCAGAACACAGAGCAAAAGAAGAUGAAGUCUGGAUAACAGAAGACUGCAGCUCUCAGCAUGGAUCUGUAUCCUCCUCAUCCAGCUCCAGUUAUUUCUCCCCAAGGAGAUCUCGGGAAGAUUCUGACCCCCCGUGCACCCCAGGCACUGGAUGCACCCCGCGGUACAGCAUGAGUAGACUGUCAGGCUGGAACAGGCCACGGAGCUUAGCCAAUAUCUCCUACACACCUGGAGGACGGCCCCUCAUUGAUGAUGUGGAGGAGCCUGUGGAGUACCUCUACACUGACACAGAACAAGGGCACAAGUUCAUCGAGACCCACAUCCCUCCUAAAGCCAAUACCUCCCUCAGCUCAAGCAGCAGCGAGGAGACCAUUUUGUAUGACUGGCGCUCCAUGCACAGAGACAUUGAUAAGGGCAAGGAGAAGGAGAACCAGGAGCCGAAGCCAGUGCCACAAAGGGACUCCAGUGACAGCAAUGUGGAGGGUCUACCAGAAACUAGGGGCCUAACGGACAAAGAGCUCCGAAUAAGGCUGUUGGAGCUGGGAGAGAGCCCUGGACCAAUCAGCAGCAGGACAAGGCCCACCUACAUGCGUAGACUGUGCCACCUCUUACAGGAGGCAAAGACACAAUCUCUAAAUCGACAAAAGGGCUUAGAUCAGACACAGUCAGAUUUAGGUUACAGUGUAGAACUGUGUCGCGUUUUAAGGACAUUUGAAUUACCUCAGAGCCAGGAAGAUGAACAGGCUCUGUGUCAACAGUUUGAACAACCAGAUCAGAACAGGAAAUGGAGAGAGGGCAUCAUAAAAUCCAGCUUCAACUACCUGCUGCUGGAUCCAAGGGUCACCAACAACCUUCCAUUUCGCAGUCACACCAUAACCCCACAUGAAUGUUUCAAGACAUUUGUGAAUGCUAUAUUCUAUGUUGGCAAGGGGAAGCGAUCACGCCCAUACAGUCAUCUGUAUGAGGCUUUAGAGUACUACAAAGGGGAGAAAAGCUCUAAGAAACUGUGUCGCAAAGUGGACCACAUUCUCCAGGUGUGGAAUGCCGGCCAGGGCGUCAUUUCCUUGCACUGUUUCCAAAACGUAAUCCCUGUGGAAGCCUACACCAGAGAGGCGUGCAUGGUGGAAGCUAUUGGCCUGAAGAUGCUGACCAACCAGAAGAGAGGAGAUUAUUAUGGUAUAGCGUCCAACUGGCAGCAAAGAAGGAAGAAGGAGCUGGGCAUCCACCUUUUGUACAGGGCCAUGCAGAUCUUUCUGGCCGAGGGAGAGAGGCAGCUCAGACCAGCAGAUAUCAGGCAAUGAGCAAAGACUGUGACUCUUGUCAGUGACAUUUCUGAUGUUUGAGGUACAUUUCAUUUCAGAUACGUUGCAGUAGUAAUGGGCCAAUUAAUAACAAAACAUUGAUUAUAUAUUAUUGAUCCUUACAAGUUUUCAAAAAUAUUGAUUUGCAAAAAACAUCAAACAGUGAUCAAAAAUGGCUUUUAAAAAAUGUUUUAAUCAUGAUGAAACAUUAUGAAACAUGUUACAUAGUUACAUGAAAAUUUUUUAUAUCUUAGUUUAUCUUCACGUACAUUAAAGUUUUAGAUCAGUUAACGCUGGGGUAGAGCUAAAAUUAUGAUGUUAAGAAUCAUACUUCAAGGUAAAAUUCUUCAGAGUUUUAAUGUAAACUCAUAGGUGUCGGUAUCGGAUAACAUUGCAAUAUUUCUAUACUUCCAUAGUAUUAUUUGGUAUCGGUUCAAAUGAAAAAUAGCUGGUUUCAUCCAUCAUUAUAUUGCCAUUUUUGGUUAGUUCAUUCAUGAUAGUUGAUCCACAAUGUUGAUCCUUUUGUUGAUUUUUGUUUAGUCUGUUUCACAUGAUUGUGAACGGGUAAAUAUUUUUUAUACAGUACAUUGGUAAAUUGGCAGCUGUUCAUUCAUGUGGGAUCAUGUUUACAUGUUUCUGGGGAGACAAGUUUAUUUUUAUAUAUAUAUUAUGUGGUGUUGGGUUUUUUUUUACCAAAAAAAGAAAAAAGCCAAAGCUACUGUGAAUGUAUAUGUCAUUGGUAGAGUUGCCUGUCAAGACUGAUAGAAUAGUCAUUGCAUUAUCUUAUAGUUUUUUGUUUAGCAAUAGAUCACUAUCCUAAACAGUAGUGUUUUAAUCACAGAUGCAUUAUUUUACUUGUAUAUUAGCAGGCUAACAUUUUUAUGACCACUAGUCUUUUUAUUCAUUACCAGUCAUCAUAUUUCAUGUUUGUCCUUGACCAUCUACUGAUGAGCCCUUUUUGUAGUAUAUCUUCUGGUUUUUGCCUAAAAUAAAUGGAACUGGAGAAA